AACCACAAAGUCUAGGGGAUUUCGCCGGAUCUAGGGACAAAAUAGAAAAAAAAAUCGUGCGGGACGGGACUUGAAUUCCUCAAAAAACCUAGAUUAAGAGUUUUAAAAAAUCCUCCUCACCACUCAAAUGUUCAUCGUUCAAGGCGACGAUCGAUCAUUCCCUCGAUUCGAUCGUCCCUCCCAUUGCCAAGAUCAUUUUGAAAAUAAAAUCGACAGCAGUGGGGGUCAGUGGGAAUGGUCUUCUGGUGGCGAUGGCAGACACUAAAAAAUAAAGACUGAAUUUUAUUCCGCGCCUUCACUCCAACAACUUCGAAUGCCUUGUUACGUGGACACUGUGAUUAUUAGAUUUAUCAAUUGUUUGUCGCUGAAAUGAGACACAUUGUGGCGCUUGAUGUGGGAACCACAACUGUACGCGCUCAUGUUUUGGAUGAAAAUGCUGUCACUGUUGGGAGUUUUGUACAAAAGGUCGAGCUGAUUUAUCCGAGGCCUGCUUUUGUGGAAAUCGACCCCGAUCAACUCUGGAGUGCGAUUCUCCGGGUGCUGAAGGGGGCUGUUGAGGCGAGUGGAAUCGACGAAAAAUCCAUCGCUUGCCUCGGUAUUUCUACACAACGCGGGAGUUUUAUAUCAUGGAACUUUGAGACUGGAAAGCAUUACCACAGAUUCAUAACAUGGAAGGACUUGCGUGCAGACUCGAUGGUUCGAGAGUGGAAUUCAUCAUUAACGAUGAAAUCCCUCAGAAUGGGAUCACGCAUACUUUACACAGUCACACGUAAUAAACGGUUUCUCGCGGGAAGUGUGUUGAAGCUUAUGAACACCCAGAUGACGUUGCGCUUAGCUUGGGCGCUCGAUCACACUCCUGGGUUGAGAGAGGCAGCUGCGAGUGGAAAAGCGGUGUUCGGGGGUGUGGAUUGUUGGCUUUUGUACAAACUCACUGGAAAACACAUCACUGAUGUCUCGAGUGCCGCAGCAACAGGGCUCUUCGAUCCCUUCACAAUGGGGUGGUCGGGUUGGGCCCAGGAUCUGUUCAAAAUUCCCUCAUCAAUGCUCCCACACAUCGUCGAUACUGCCGGGAAUUUCGGCGAGACUCCUAAGGACAUAUUCAGUGUACCAGUUCCCAUCACCUGUUGCAUGGCUGAUCAGGCAGCAUCACUAUUCGGUUCCGGCUGCUUUCACCCGGGAGACCUGAAGGUCACCAUGGGUACAGGAACAUUCCUAGAUGUUAAUACAGGAGGUCAACCUCAUGCAUCCGUCGCAGGAUUGUAUCCUCUGGUUGCCUGGAGAAUCGGCUCUGAAUUGAUAUACGCAGCUGAGGGUGCCUCUAACGACACAGGAACUCUCAUUGAGUGGCUCAAAACCAUAGGCAUUAUAAAACAACCUGAGGAAUUAUCGGAUCUUGCGGACUCGGUGGAUAGUUCCGAUGGCGUUUAUUUCAUUCCUGCAUUCAGUGGCUUGCAAGCACCAAUCAACGACCAGUCAGCAGCGACAGGAUUUCUGGGCGUUAAGCCCACCUCAGGGAGGGCUCACAUGGCUCGAGCCGUUUUAGAGAGCAUAGUAUUUCGAAUUUUAUUGCUCUAUGAGUCACUGUGCACUGAGAUACAUCGAACUUACACUUGCAUUCGCGUGGAUGGAGGUGUAUCUCAGAAUGACUUUGUACUACAAUUACUCGCUGAUUUGACUGGUCUACGAGUUGAGCGACCCUCCACCGCAGAAAUGUCUAUUUUAGGCGUUGCGUUUCUCGCCGGUCUUCAGUGUGACAUUUGGAAGAGUAAAGAGGAGAUGAGAAAGCUUCGAAAAAUCCAAACGGUCUUUGAGCCGAACAAAUCGAGAAGACUCUCGUAUCAAGCGACGAUAAAUCAGUGGAAACGAGCGAUGGACAGAUUCCGGAAUUGGUACUGAUAGCAAUGAAACGUCCGCCAAGUACCUGUUUCCAGUUUAUAGUCUAAAAUGAGAACGAGGGAUUUUUCCUGUGACUGAAUCUGAAACUCUGUAGUGAAGCGAAAGAUUAGUAAUAGAAGAUGAAAGGUCGCAAUUAUAAAAAACAAGCUCAAAUUGAGACUUUCGAAAAUCUUAGAACGAGACUUUCAAAUGUUUCAAAUUGAAACUGUCAAAAGUCUCAAGUUGACAGCUCAAGUCGGCAGUGAACUGCUGAACCAAUUCGUGCCUACUAAACAAUUCCUACAGAAGACUUUUAUAUUCAUUUACAACUUAUGAAACUGUUGAAAAAGACACUAGGUUACGAUUAUUAAUGCAUUUAUAUAAAACUUUACCAAUAAGGUUUGUUGAUCGUUGGAAAAAUAUAUAUUGUUGAUGAAAA